CAAUGAAUGACGUAUAAUUGUAGCGUGCAAGUGGAAGUGGUGAGGUGGACAAGGCGUCGCAAGCAUUUCAGUCCAAUGGUCGCAGGUGCAUUUGAUUAACUCCAUCAUGACCAAGCUUCUGGAAUGGUUGCUGGGUAGCGCAAUGGUGGGGCUCAUUUGGGGGUUACUAACCUUUGACGUGUUGGACAUACAGUUACCCCAGGCCUACAGAGAGGCGGUCUGGCCCAUGCCUGUGUACCUUUUGGUGGUGUUUGGGUGUUACUCCCUGGCCACUGUUGGAUAUCGGGUGGCAACUUUCAAUGACUGUGAAGAGGCUGCAAAGGAACUGCAGGCCCAGAUCAUAGAAGCCAGAGCAGAUCUUGAGAGGAAGGGCCUGAAGUUCUGAUCCGAAGCCUGGAGGUUAGACUAUGGGAUGGGUAGGGGGUGUGGGUUUGAAAGAGAUUCUUUUUUCAUUCCUGUGACUGGUCUAUUCUCUUCUGGAGAGAAGUUCAGGUUAUUGCCAAAAAAAAAAAUCCUGAAAAUUUAUUUUCUACAGAUCUCUCGAUUGGAAGAGGGAACAUUGCCAUUUUGUCGCACUUGAAAGCUUACUACUCUCUAGACGUGAUGGCCUCUGUAAUUUUCACAGUUGUAAGAAUUAUAGAACAUAACAGAGGAGCAUCUUUUUUCUUCUGUUUCUGUAUUCUAUGGAAUACAAAGAAAGAUGGAAGAGAAAGCAACAUGGCAAAAAUAUUGAAUUCAGCAUGAGUUAUUCUAGUGGUAUUCUAAAGUUUCUGAUAUUGCAGCGUGUCAUUAAAGUGUUGUUUUUCCAUUGUGCUGGA